AUGGCAUCCCAUGCAGCUGCACUACUAGCCCUCAGCCUGCUGAUUCUCUGGACCUCCCCUGCUCUGGGAGAUGCCAACGACGCUGAAGACUGCUGCCUGUCUGUGGCCCAGCGCCCCAUUCCUGGAUUCCUGGUGCGAGCCUAUCGCUACCUGCUCAUCAACAAUGGCUGCAGGGUGUCUGCCGUUGUGUUCACCACGCUGAGAGGUCACCAGCUCUGUGCACCCCCAGACCAGCCCUGGGUGGGCCGCAUCAUCCGCAGACUGCAGAAGAACUCAGCCAAGGGAAAGCGCUACAGCAGGUAG